CGAAAAAAAAAAAAAAAAAACUACAUCCCAUCCCAACAAUCCCCUAGUGACCAACACGAGAAAUCACCAUCCUCAUCAACCAUGGUGAAACUCACUAUAGUUGUUGUGAUGCUCAUUAUGUACAUUGCCAUUAGACCCUCAAUGGAAGAAAAUAUUGCACCACAACCGGCCAACGAUGGCGAAGAAGCAUUAGCACCUUCACCCAUUGAUGAUUUCUUGGAAGAUUUUGCGCUAGCACUAGCACCAUCACCCAUUGAUGCGUACUUGGAAAAAUGUGUUGAGAAUUUUACCGAUACUUGUGGUUCGCAGGUGUUUGAGGGUGUUUUUGGAAAUACGACAGUUACCGCUCCAUGCUGCAAGAACCUUUUGCUGGUGGGAAAGCCAUGCCAUGAUGGGCUGGUUAAGAGAAUUCUUAACUUACCUUGGAUUAGAAAACAUGUGAGUGAGUCCCAAUUAUUGUCACAGAGUGAUGAGAUUUGGAGCAAAUGUGUUUCUGAUGGGGUAGCUGUUUUCCCACCCUCCUCAUCUCCAACCUCUUCCUAAGAUGAUUUGGGUUUGGUUGUGUUGAUGUACCAUAUUGAGAAAGAUGGUUGAAUAAGAAGUAUGCAUACAUUGAGAAAUGAAAUUUGUCAUCUAUUUAUUUUACCAUUUUAUUUCGUCUCCAGCAGAAUGUAUGUACUAUGCAAUAGAUAUAAUAUGUAU